GCUGUAUCGUGCGCUCGUCGACAGCAUUUGGGGCCGUUGGUUGGGGCCGCGAUGUAUCUUCAUCCGCACGAGAGGUAUAUAAGAAGUGAAGUAUGGGGAGAUAGCUUGGGAGAUAGCUUGAACAUCAAAGAUCAUUUCUUCUCGUCAAUCCCUCCGAGCUGAUUCUGCUUCAACUUUUUUCAAAAUGAAAGCCUUCCGCCUCAUCCUCGCCCUCGGUGCGUUAUGCACCUCGGCCCUCGGCACCGCCGUCGACGUCGACUUCGCGAAACGCGACAUCUUCGUCCCCGAAUGGGAGUUUGAGCUCACUCCCGGCGGCGAAAAGGUGUACCUCAACGGCACCGCACAGGAAGUCCACCGGGAGCUUCUCUCGCGGAACCCCAAGUGGAACGAGGACUUCGGCUUCGACAGCAAGCUGGAGGCUCAUGCACACGAGAAGCGUGCUGAGCUCGCCAAACGCACCGACUUCUCGGAUGCAAGCUACUUCUGCGGCGGACGCUGGGAGUAUUGCAAUGCGGGUGCCAUUGCUGAGGGACGCGCUUACCUCUUCGGGCUUUCUGGUCGACCGACCAAUUCGCCGGGCCCUGGUGCUUGUGGUCGAGUGAGCUGCUCGUAUAAUGCUGCUAUCUACUGGUGUAACGAUGACACCAAGCCAAAGACAUUGGAAUCAUUCGGUAGCAUUGGGGACGGUGUGUGGGAACUCGAGAAACACUGUCGUCGAAUUGGCUGGAACCCCAGUGGGCUCUCUAUUGCCGGCCAAAUUUUCCACAAGACGAAUUGGAAUGUCAUUGUUCGCAAGGACAGUUGCUAGGUUUUUGCCGGUUAGGGCUAUUACGGUGGUACAUACUUGAACGGGUGGGGAUCCCCGACUCGCAUGACAUGUCUUGUGUGGUUAAAUUAUCAUACUGAGGUGGAGAAGACUUGAAGAUAGUAUAACCAAACAACCAAAAAGUAAAACAUACAACAACUUUAUUAUGACUGUAUUCACCAGAGUCUGGUCGUGGGCGUCCAGCACCUGAAAGGCAGAAGGCACAUUUUCAUGCAUUCCACGUUCAACGCAGGAGUAUAUUUGACAGCUUGAAAGGAUUUUGACUCUGGUCUGGCCUUAUGACGGGCGUACACAACCCCAGGAUACGUCAGUACGACAAUCAGAGAGGUUAAACGGACGAGUGUUGAUUACACGCGAAAAGUAUGGCCGGAGCGUGGGAUACUAG